UAAUGGGCCUACGCGAAUGGACUCGUAACAUAAGCCCAUAAUACUAAUGGACCCUUACGACGAUCCACAAAGACAUAUAUAAACCCACGCUCAGAACCCUAACCAUUUCUCUUCUCAUUGCUCUUCCCAAAUCGCCGCAGCCUCCAGGUAGUGUGUAUUUGUUUGUGUAAAUUUAGGAGAAGAAGAUGAGUAAAGGAAGCAGCGGAGCCACCAAGGGUGGAAAGAAGAAGGGAGCAACUUUUGUGAUUGAUUGCUCAAAGCCUGUUGAGGAUAGCAUCAUGGAAAUUGCCUCUUUGGAGAAGUUUCUGCAGGAGCGUAUCAAGGUUGGAGGAAAAGCCGGAGCUCUUGGUGACUCGGUCACUGUUACUCGUGACAAAACCAAGAUCACUGUCACCACUGAGACCAAUUUCUCCAAGCGGUAUUUGAAAUACUUGACUAAGAAGUAUCUAAAGAAGAACAGUGUCCGUGAUUGGCUCCGAGUUAUUUCUUCCAACAAGGACCGUAAUGUUUAUGAGUUGAGGUACUUCAACAUUGCUGACAAUGACGCCGAGGAGGAAGAAUGAGUAGCUGGAAUUGGUCGAUCUUAAUAGAGCACCCGUUGUUGAACUUUAGUUUGUAGUUCUCUUAUUUCUGAUAUUAUUUGCCUUGUGAGACUUUAUUUACAAUUUUGUCAGUGAAAUCAAAACCUUGCACUUUUGCCCAACUCAAUGGAGAAUAUUGUUUGCUA